AUGCAAAGUUUGUUUCAAAUUCUCGGAUCAGGUGGCAAAUUUUCGUAUUUCAUUCUGAUGUUAGGCUUUGCUAUCUCAGCACCUAUACUAUUCUUUGUUACUUAUUAUCAUCUUUUCUAUUUAUUAGGUGAAGGAGAUGGGAUGUCUGCAUAUGGAGAAAUCAGACCAAAAAUCGAAUCUAAUUCAUCGUUUGUAUUCUAUAUUCCAAUGAAUUCUUCAACGAAACACAAUCCCGACUAUCGUAUGAGAUUCUGGGAAAAACAAUUAAAAGAUUUUACCGCAAAAUAUGAAAGGAAUUAUUUAGGCCCUUUCAAAUCUCCUGUUAAUGGUUUCAAAAUCAUUAAUUUUACAGAAGGUUUUGAAUUAGUUGACUUUGAUCAUUGUGUGAAAUUCUGCAACUCAGUCAAACACUUCAAAAAUAACUAUAUAGAUUAUGAUUGGUUUAUUUUUGCCGAUUCUAAUACAUACAUUAAUAUUUCAAAUCUUAAUUCGCAAUUAAAAGAGAUACAAAAGGAUCAUGAUCCAUUAAAAGAAGUACUGAUAGGAUAUGGGCCUUCACCUGAUAAUAAAAAUCAGAAUCCUAAUCCUUCUACCGGCGUAAUUUUAUCAAAUUAUGCUUUAUCAGCUCUAAACCCAGAAACUAUUGCAGUCAAGCAAUGCGAAACGAAUAUGCUGAUAGAUGUUCUUAAGAAUGCUAUUCAAGUCAAAUCAUUUCUUAGUCAGAACAAUUUUGUUGUUAUUCCUCAAGAUAAAAUCCAUAAAAUAGCAACAACACAUGUUAAAGAUCUCAUGACAUGCUCAUACGAUUCAAUUCGUUUUGGAGAGCCAAUAUUUUAUAAUAUUGGUAAGAAUGAUCAAAUUUCAGUUGCUAGAUUAUUUGAAAGUCCAGAUCCAAAACUUGGAAUUGCACAAAUACAAGAUUCUUUUUCAUUUUGUUAUUUUAAUUAA